CCGUCAGUUUGCUGAAACAAGUGAACUAAAAGAGGCCAAUAUGAAGGUGUAUUGUAAUGAAUAUAUGCCCUACGGACUACAAACCAAUGUUGUUAUAACCAUGGAAAAUCUCCCAGUUAAGUCUGCAAUAACAAUACAUCUGAGUACUCCAAGCUACCUGUUGGCUUUUUUCGAGAUCGGAAAUGUGCCCAAAGAGAUGCCGCCCAAGUUUAAGAAAACCUCAUCAAUCAGUAGAGAGCUUUCGUUGUAUGCAAUUAGAACGAAAACAAAACCUGUUUAUGAGGAGGGAUACUUUGCCAAUUUAACUGCAACAUUUUGGUCGAAAAGCGAUAGGAUUCUCAAGCUUCUUGGUCGAACGAAAUCAUCUUCACGGAUUUCCGAAGUAAGGGAAAUUGUGCCCAUUAAAGUGAAUCACCAGCGUUGCCAUCCGCAUUUGACAAUGCCAAAGUGCUCAGAUCCCCAGUCCCCAAUACAAGUACUGAUCACCCGUGGACUUUUCAUAAAUGCUCUAUUUCUGGAGACCUGCAAUCUAACAAUCAGGACUACUUAUAAUUGGUCCCUGAAGGAUCCGGUUGGGUUUUCACAGUUUUUAUCAUAUAAUACAGAAAGCCCACAUUUAAGUAUUCGGCCAUUUACAUUGCGGUUUUCCCCAUCUCAUGAAUUGUGGCGCAAUUUUUAUGUAUUACAAGUCAAGGGAAUGCUUAAUGGAUUCUAUUUCUCUUCCCGCUGUUAUAUAAAACUGAUAAUGGGUCAGGUGGAGGCCAUAAUUAUUGGAGGUAAAACAAGGAGUGCCUUGCGAAGUGAAAUUCUGUGGAUGGACGGCUCAACGAGCUACGACUUCUCCAAGAGAAGUAAGGAUGUUCAGUUUUCUUCCUACAAUUGGAACUGCUAUUCGCUUGAGGACAGUCGCAAUCCAUUUUGCCAUCAAAAUAUAUCGUCGGUUGCGGCGUUUUCGAUUCCUGCAAAUUCUUUAGAAACUGGUUUCAGAUAUAUAUUCCGUUUGAAAGUGACUAGAGAUAAUGAUCCUAGUAUUUCUUCGCAAAAAAAACAAAUUAUUACAAUUGUAAAUGAUAACAUGCUACAGGUAACGAUACAAUGUGUAAGAAAUUGUCGAGGAGAUUUCUUCAUUCCGGAUUCGAAGGUGCAUCUUGAUGCAAGAUGCACUAAUUGCGGAAGUCAAAUCAUAAGAUACAAAUGGUAUGUUGAUGGUCAGUUUAUACUUACCAACAAGGAGUUGAUACUGGACAUACGAACUUCAUCGAAUGAGAUGCGCGUUGAGCUACUUGUUUCAUCGGCAGAUGGGCGGUACGGUUGGCAUGGUAAGAUCCUGGUUAAGAACCCGGCUCCCACUGGUGGGACAUGUUCGGUGAAUCCGAAGGAAGGUCACGAGGCACUCACUCCGUUUUAUCCCUGUUGUCGAAACUUUGUGUCAUCGAAUAGCCCAAUUGAGUACUGGUAUUACGCUGGUUCGGUACUUCUCAAUAACUGCCUGGAUUGCAACUGCGAGGUGUACUUACCUGUUACAAAUUUUAUUAAGGUGUUAGUAUGCGAUGUUUUCUGGUCUUGUCACACCACUUGGAUAAAGGUUAAAGUCGCUGCCCUGAAAAAUAUUCCUCACAAUAUCCCUCAACUUCUGAGUGAAGGACCCUUACAUCGGUAUUUGCAAGUCAUUCAAUCUGGAGCAUCUCACUUAUCCAAAGCAGAAUCUGGAAUAAUUCUUCUAAGGAACUUUACUGCGAUUCAACCUCAAUCAUGGAGCUCCCUCGCAAGACUGGCUAACCUUACCUUAACAUUAGCUUAUCGUUUUUAUCCCGCAGAUCAAAAGUCGGAAGUAUUACUAGCAAUGGUGGUUAACAAAAUGAACAAUAACAUACGAGAAAUAUACCUAGACCAUAAUGUAUCCUUUCUUAAAGAAAAGCCAUUUGCCAACUUGUAUCUUGCUUGUUUGGAGAUCUAUGAAGUUAUGAAAAGGUUGUACAAAAGCAGUUAUCAACCUCCAUGGCUUACCUAUCAUCAGAACCAUGAUCUAAAUGAAGGAGUGAUUAGUGAUCUUCAAACAUUGGGCAGCGGAAUAACCAUAUUUCCAUGGAUUGCACUAUUGAACUCUACCUCGGAAAAGGAUCGCCUACAUAGUCAUUUUAGUUUUCCUAAACGUGAUAUACACGAAGCAAAUCUUCUUGGUAAAAAAGACGCCGUUACAGUGACAAUUCAUUGCUUUGACACUUUUCCAAAAAAAAUUACCAAAAUCAAAUCGGGUGAUCAAAAUCACGUUGUUUACUUAACACCAGCCGUUAUUAAGGAAGUUCUGGGUAAAACUAGUGGUCGAGUGUGUAUUAAGGUGGUGUCUACUGAGCAAAACCUGCAUUGGUGGUAUCCAGCUGAAAAACGACCCUGUGCUCUUGUAGUUUCUGUUCGCAUUUUUGAAAAAGUGGAUCAAUUUACGGCUCAGAUACCGCUCAUCGAUAGUCAAAUUAUCUUCAAGACGAUGGCGCUUGGACCUAUUCAGAGCAGGUCAUCGAAAUUUCGAGCGACCGAUGGGGAUACUAUUACCCAUGCUGGACUUUAUGUUAAUGCCAUGAAAGAGGGUACCCUUCAUACUUUUCAAGACAUACGUAUGUACCGGGUAGUGCUGAAGCAGCACACAUUACUGGCUGUGCACUUCACUAGAAACACUCACGAGUUGCAAGUGAUUCUGAAAAUAAGGUACAAGCCUCUGUUCCGAGAGAUUUCCGCUUCAAAGUGUCGGGUCCAUGGGCACAAGCACAAAACACUGCUUUUGCGAAAUAACUGUCAUAAGAAACGACGGGCAUAUAUGGCAUUGCGGAUUGCCUCUAAUACAUCGAUUAUACAUAGCGCCAACACACCCAUAGACGAUGGACCCGCAAGUUUUACAUUUAUAUUUCAAAUCCGUAGCUGUGAUACCUGGGCAUAUAACUAUCCGGGGACAGAGCAACGAUGGUUACAGCACGGCUGUUACCCAACCAUGGAUCUGAGUGUCAAGAGGGGGGGGCGCUGCCAGUGCUCUGUCCUGGGAACGUACACCAACUAUUUGUACUAUAUUCCCCCUCAUCAGGUUCCAGUUAAAGCAUAUAGAGAAGCACAGAUCAAUAUUUACGUUGUCGUAUUUUAUUCGGUUACCUUUUCAAUUAUACUGCUGUUGAUAGUGUGUUUAUACAUAUACCGAAAUAGCCUUCACAAUAAGACGAUUUUAUAUCCUAAUUUCGAAACGGAGGAUAAAUCUAAAAGAGAGCUACAUGAUUUUGUGAUCUCUUUGAAAACCGGAGGACGUUUAAAUGCCGGAACCACCGCAUCAGUUAAGCUGGCAUUGUAUAGCACAUUUGGAACGAAGCGAAAGAUCACUGUUUUCCAAGAUCCUGGGCACAUAUUUAUCAAGCAAAAUACCUCAAUAUAUCUAUGGAUACGCUCUCGAGACAUCCGUAUACCCACGGAAGUGUUGGUUUACCACAACAAUGCCGGACGUUUUCCAAGUUGGUUUUUACGCCGCAUAGAGGUGAACGACAUGCAAACCCGGGAGUCGCAGGUCUUUAUGGUCCAAACAUGGGUGAAAGAAGAUAGGUUUUUAUUGACAUCAUCCCUGAUCUAUCGUCCUGGAGACGUACGCUUCCUUGACAGUUGGAAGACCCGAUUCAGGACCCACUUCGAGAUGCUCUGGAUCAAUUGGUCAAUGUGGCAGCCCGUAAACGGAGGUUGGAGGGAAUCCGUACGUUAUCAACACAUGACCCGAGCUAAGAGAUUUUGCGUUUUUAUCAGUAAACUAGUUAUUACCCUAACAUGCAGUGCUGCGUAUUUCGGCUUGACAACAACGCAAAGUUUACAAUUACGCCGCAAACAGUUUAUGAACUAUAAGGAUUUGGCUAUUCUAUCCAUAUUCAGCUUGUUCAUCGAUGUAGUCGUGCAAAUAGUUUUUGAUUUAACAAGCUGGAAAUGUGGUUAA